GGCUGGGGAGCUGCCACAUUCCUCCUCCACCCCGGAUCACGAUCACCUCGCGUGUGUCCGGCCGGCCGGCAGCUGCUUCCUGCCUUCCCCCGGCCCUCCCCGUUGCAGUUGCAUUGCAUUGGCUAGCUCCGACUCCGACUCCGAUCCGAUCCAUCCUGCUGCGCUUCUGGUUGGUUGCCGUGAGACCCUGACCUCCGAUCUAUCCGUCCUGAGGCGCGGUACGUCGUACGGCAGCCAGCGGCAGCAGCAGGCGGCCGGUGAAUUAGUUAGCCAGCCAGCAGCGGGCCGCCGCCUAGCUAGCUAGCCCCACCAGGCCAGCCGGCGGACACAGCCCCAAUGGACAGGGGGAUGGCGGACAGGCUCCUCGCCUCCUGUAUACCGGGCGGCAUGGAGGCGGCGGCGGCGGAAAGGGAGGACGAGGGGCUGGAGCUCAGCCUCUCGCUGCACCCGUCGCCGUCGUCGCCGCCCAGGUUCCAGGCGGUCUUCGCCUGCUGCUACUGCCCCAGGAAGUUCCGCAGCUCGCAGGCGCUCGGCGGACACCAGAACGCGCACAAGCUGCAGCGCAACCUGGCAAGGCGAGGGCGGGAGGCAGCCUCGGCGCCACCCGCGCCGCCGGUAUCCGACCACCACCAGCAGCAGGGCAGCAGGGCGCCCGGCGGCAGCGAGAGCGCGCCGACGCCGCGCUCCAGGCCGGAGCAGCCCCCGGCCGGCGCCGAUGCGUGGGGAGAGGGGAGGCACCACCGCCGUCAUCAGCACCACCACCUUUAUCAGCGCCCGCCGGCCCCGGCGGGGGGUGCGGAAGCCUCGUCCGGUGCGUCAAGGGGCGGCGGAGAGGAUGCUGCGGAGGAGAUUAUUGACCUGUCCCUCAAGCUAUGAACUGAUCCAUCCAUCCAUGAGCUCGAGCUAGCUUAUUAGCUAGCAGCCCAGCACUACUAGCAGCAGCUCCUCCUAUCCUCUUCGUUCUCUUCCAUUAGCUUAUUGCUUAGUUGUUUCUUCAUUAUUACGUCAUUAUUUCUUGUUUAAUUUGAUGAUCUACCGUAUGAUGCGUGUUA